AUGGCUUUUGGCCAUAGGCGAUCAUUGCUACCGGUCUUCUUUCUCUGCUGCCUUCGAAUCUGCUACACGGAGCAUGAGCAAGACUAUGAUGUGAACUGUUAUCAAUCCUCAGCAUCAACCUACACCUUCGUGAAGCACGCAGUGCAGGCACCGCCGGUGUCGUACUAUGACUACAUCAUAGUCGGCGGUGGGACGGCAGGCUGCCCACUGGCCGCAACCCUGUCGGAGAAGCACAGCGUGCUGCUGCUGGAGAGAGGUGGCUCGCCUUACGGAAACAGAAACAUAACAGAGCUGGCAUACUUCAGUCAGAACCUGGCCGACACCUCGCCGGCCUCGCCCUCCCAACGCUUCCUCUCCGAGGACGGGGUCAUCAACGCGCGCGCUCGGGUACUCGGGGGAGGGAGCUGCCUCAACGCAGGGUUCUACACGCGCGCCAGCCCCGAGUACGUGAGGGACGUCGGCUGGGACGGGGCGUUGGUGAACCAGUCCUACCAGUGGGUGGAGAAGAUGGUAGCCUUCGAGCCGCCGAUGCUUCAGUGGCAGUCGGCGGUCAGGGACGGGCUUCUGGAGGCUGGCAUUACGCCCUACAACGGCUUCACGUACGACCACAUGUACGGGACAAAGAUCGGGGGAACCAUUUUUGACAGAGACGGGCACCGGCACACCGCUGCCGAUCUGCUCCAGUACGCGAAUCCCGACGGACUGAUGGUUCUUCUGCAUGCCACGGUAGGAAGGAUCUUGUUCCGGCAAACAGGAGGAGCGGCAAGACCGGUAGCUCAUGGAGUUGUGUUCCACGACGCGGCGGGCGUGAGGCACAGGGCGUACUUGAACAAUGGUGCGAAGAAUGAGAUCGUAGUGUGCGCGGGGGCAGUGGGGAGCCCUCAGCUACUCAUGCUGAGUGGCGUCGGCCCGAGGGAUCACCUCGAGUCACUGGCCAUCGACGUCGUGGUGGACCAGCCCAUGGUGGGGCAGAGCAUGUCGGACAAUCCAAUGAACGCCAUCUUUGUUCCUUCUCCAACGCCGGUGGAGGUCUCCCUCAUACAAGUCGUCGGCAUCACCAGGUUUGGGAGCUUCAUCGAGGGGGCCAGCGGAUCCAACUUCGCUUCACACUACUCCCAAAUCACUCACGAACUCAGAUUUGGCAUGUUUUCUGCUCAGACUGGCCAAAUAUUCACGAUCAAUGACAUGAACGACCUUCCUGCUGCGUCGUCCUCCAUGAGAGGAGGGUUCAUACUAGAGAAGAUCAUGGGCCCCCUCUCCACAGGUCAUCUUGAUCUAAAGAACAAGAACCCGGAUGACAACCCCUCUGUCACCUUCAACUACUUCAAGGAACCCGAGGAUCUACAAAGGUGCGUCAAAGGCAUAGAGACGAUCGAGAAGGUGAUACAGUCGAAAGCCUUCUCUAGGUUCAGGUUCCAGUAUAUAUCGACGGAAGAGCUACUCAGAAUGGCCUUAAACUUCCCCAUGAACUUACUGCCGAAGCAUGACAACGCCUCCAAGUCCUUGGAGCAGUUCUGCAAGGACACAGUGAUGACCAUAUGGCACUACCAUGGAGGUUGCCAAGUCGGCCAAGUGGUCGACAAGGAUUACAAAGUUGUCGGCGUGGAUGCACUCCGAGUAGUGGAUGGAUCCACGUUCAACUUCUCCCCUGGCACAAAUCCUCAGGCCACAGUCAUGAUGCUUGGCAGGUACAUGGGGAUCAAAAUCCAAACUGAGAGACGGGAAACAGAUGAUGAAGUACGGAGGAAAUCCUGA